GGGGAGGUGUUUUCUCGGCAGCUCUCUUCCGGCGGGCGCUGCGUGCCCGGAAGUCGCCCUCCUGGCUGAGGGCUCCGCUUCGCGCGAAGUCUAGGGAGCCCGGGGCUGGCAGGACGGCGGCGGAUGCCAUGGGGGGGAAGAACAAGCAGCGGACGAAGGGGAACCAGAGGCCCUCAAACAGUGGCCGUGCUGCAGAACUCCUUGCAAAAGAACGUGGAACAGUACCUGGAUUUAUUGGCUUUGGGACAUCUCAGAGUGACCUGGGCUAUGUUCCUGCUGUACAAGGAGCAGAAGAAAUAGACAGCCUGGUGGAUUCUGAUUUCCGGAUGGUCCUACGAAAACUUUCCAAGAAAGAUGUUACAACAAAAUUAAAAGCUAUGCAAGAAUUUGGGGCAAUGUGUGAUGAAAGAGAUGCAGAGAUUGUAAAAGGUGUUCUUCCUUACUGGCCAAGAAUUUAUUGCAAAAUCUCUCUUGAUUAUGACCGUCGAGUUCGAGAAGCCACACAACUAGCUUUUGAAAAACUUAUCCUAAAAGUAAAGAAACAUCUGGCACCUCAUUUAAAAAGUCUCAUGGGAUAUUGGCUAAUAGCACAAUGUGACACUUAUGCCCCAGCUGCAAUUGCGGCAAAACUAGCAUUUGAAGCAGCUUUCCCUCGAGGCAAGCAGUCCGAAGCAUUAGUAUUUUGUAAAGACGAAAUUAUUAAUGUACUACAGGAUCAUCUUCUAAAAGAAACACCAGAUACACUUAGUGACCCACAAACUGUUCCAGAAGAAGAAAGAGAAGCCAAAUAUUUUCGAAUUUUAACUUCUUCCCUGUUGGCUUUAAAGAAACUACUUUGCAUGUUGCCUUCUAGUGAGAUUGCCUCUCUAGAGGAAAAACUCAAACCUCUUCUAUCACAGAACAAAUUUUGGAAGUAUGGAAAGCAUAGUUCACCCCAGGUUCGUUCAGCUUUUUUUGAAUUAAUUUCUGCCUUAUGUCAGUAUAUUCCAAAGUCUGUGAAAGCCGAAUCAUCCAAAGUAUCUCCUGCAGUUCUCGUUAGCAUUGAUGAAAACGAUCCACUGGUUUGUCCAUCUCUUUGGGAAGCUGUGCUUUAUAUCCUUACCACCAUUGAGGACUGUUGGAAUCAUGUCAAUGCAAAAAAAAAUGUCUUUCCCAAACUGUCAAGUAUUCUUAGUGAAGGAGGAGGAGGCCUAGCUACGGUUAUAUAUCCUUAUCUCUUGCCUUUUAUUAGCAAGAUCCCUCGUGCUACUACAGACUUGAACUUGGAAUUCUUCAGAAAUUUUUUCACUUAUAUAACUAAAGGACUAUCAACAGAACGAAUCCUAACCAGCCGGUCAGAGUGCUCAGCGGUAAUAUCUGCAUUUUUUGAAUGUUUACGGUUCAUAAUGCAACAAAAUUUAGGUGUAAAGGAAGAAUCAUUAAAAAUGCAGAAGAUGCUUAUCAAUGAUCAGUUGAUCCCUUUUGUUGAUACAGCACUGAAAGACCCAAGACUGCAGAAUGAACAGCUCUUUGAUCAGUUAGUAGAAACACUAAGUUCCUGGGAAACUAAAGCAGAAGCCCAAGGAGAUGAUACAGUAGUUAAUACUUUGAAGAAUGUGCUGAAAACUUUUUGGACAAGUCUAACAGAAAUUUGUCUUCAGAAAAUUAAUGCACAAGAAACUGAUGGAAAAUCAUUAUUGAGCAUAUCUACCUUAUUAGAAGUUCUUCAGAAGGCAGAAAAUUCAUGGAAACAAAGGAAAAAAAAAGUUGCUAAGGUCAGAUUUAUAGAUGAGAUGCCUGAAAGUAGCACCGAGAACAAAAAAGAAGAGAACAAAAUAGAUAUAUUUUCAGAAGAGAAUAUUGAAGAAUCUGAAUUCUGUUGGGAUGAGAAUCUUCCAGUUUCUAUAUCUCCUCUAAGGAAAGGACCUCUGUAUGACUUAGUUUGUAAACUUGCAGAACAGAGUAUUGUACAUAUCAGUGAACUGAAGUCAGAGCAUCAUUUAAGCUUUUUGUCUUCUCUUCUCAAUUCUUUCUCUUCAUGCCAAGUAUUCCAAGCUCUGCUGGACUUAGCAAAAGAAAAAAACGAUGCCAGUGAAAACCUUACUCCGCUACCUCAAGAAGUAGGAAAAUUUGUCCAUGAAAAUCCUGCAAUACAAUUUAUGUAUCGAAGACUAAUGAAUUGGCUUGGUGAAGACAAGAAGGCAAACAUUGAUUUUCUGGUUGAUAUUUUGUUCAGUGUCCUCUCUUGCUGUGAAACUAAUACAGAAAGAAAAAAUAUACUGGAUGACUUGACAAAGUUGGAUCUGAAAUGGAAUAUUAUUCUUCGGAUUAUUCAAAAGGCAUGUUCAAGUUCCAGUAAACACUUGUUAGUAUCUACUUGGCUAAAGGGAGAUAUCCUAGGGGAGAAAUUGGUAACUUUGGCUGAUCAUUUGUGUAAUAAGGACUUGGAAGGCACAGUAUCUUCAGAAUCCUUUACCUCAGAAGGAUGGACCUUAUUGAGUUUGGUAUUGUCUCAGCAUGUUAAAAAUGAUUACUUGAUUGGAGAAGCUUAUAUUGAGAGAAUUAUCAGCAAACUUAAUGCAGCUCUAUCCAAAGCAAAGCAUAUUUCAGAAGCUGGAAAUACUGAGUCACCAGUAUCUUUCAUCUGUGAUGUGGCCUCUAACUUUUUCACCUCUAUUAAAGGAUGUUGUUUAAUGUCAUCUUCUGAAGAGUUAUUAUUAACCAUCUUUCAGUUGUGUGCUCAGAACCAGAAUUUUACACACUUAUCAGACUUUCUUGUCUGUAAACUGAAGCAUACGUGGUUAUGUGGCUUGCAUUCACUGGUUCUUCAGUUUGGAAAUUCAGAAAAGCAGAGCACCUUCCUGUAUUCAUCUGCUCUAUGGCUCAAGAACCAAAUUCAGUCUACAUCCUUGGAUGUCAAAAGCCUACGAGUUAUGAUGUCCACUGUUGAUGACUUACUAAAUAAUCUUCUAGGAGCUUACAAUUCCCAUUUUCUUCUGAGACUUUGUGUUGAAAAUAUAAUGCCAAGUGAUAGUGAAUGGGAAAAUAUGAGGCAUUCUCUUUCUACACAGUGGUUACAUAAACCUCUUUUGGAAGGAAGAUUAAGUUUGAACUAUGAACACUCCAAAACAGAUUUCAAAGAACAUAGUACAGUGAAGCUUCCAAACCAUUUGUGUACCACAGCAUUGUUAAGCAAAAUAGUCUUGUUGGCUCUGAAAGAGGAAAUAAUUCUUGAAGAUAAUAAAACUGAAAAAAUAAUUGCAGAAUUGCUCUAUUCAUUGCAGUGGUGUGAAGAAUUGGAAAAUCCAUAUAGCAUGCUAAUUGAAUUUUGUGAGAUGCUUCAAGGAAUGGGUAUUACUUAUGAUAAUUUAUGUGUACUUAGCAAGAUACCUGGACUGCUGCAAUUGAUAUUUAUCAGGUCCAAGGACACUGGUACACUUUGGGCGCUAACUAUUUCUAAACUGAUGCAAUCUAAGAACAUUUUACCUGAUGAAGUUAAACAACUUUAUAAGACAACAGAAGGGUUUUUUCCAGUAACAGAAGGUAGUUUGCAUACUGUUCAGAGUCUCUCUCCAUUUUUACCUUUAGAAGAUAAGGAAGAAUUAGUUAACCACUGCACAGCUAGGCUUUUGACAUGCACAAAGAAAGAUCUUUGUAAUAUUGAUGGAAGUUUUGGAUAUCUUUCCAUUUUGAAUUCUUGUCUGAAAAAGGGAAGCAUCGAUGGUAGAGAGAAACUCUAUGGAAUACUAAAAAUUAUAAUGUCAUGGAAGAGUGACCAUGAAGAUAUUUUUCUUUUCAGUUGCAAUUUGAAAGAAGCAAGUCCUCAACUACUUGGCUUAAAUAUAGAAAUAAUCCACUUACUUUCCAUAUUACUGAAAUAUUCUUCAUCUCUUUUGGUGGAUGGUGACUGGGACUUCAUCAUGUGUUCAAUGUUGGCCUGGUUAGAGACAACAAGUGAAAAUCAUGCACUGUAUCCUGUUCCACUUGUGCAACUGUUUGCCUGUGUUAGCUGUGAUUUGGCUUGUACUCUGAGUGCUUAUUUCAGUUCCAUAAACAGCAACCUUCCUGUAAACCUAAUCAGUGAAUGGCAUGAGUUUUUUUCUGAAGGCAUACACAGUUUACUUUUACCUCUUUUGGUGAAGAUUACAGAGGAAAGCAAAGAUGCAUCUGAAACUUCUUUUCAGAACUCAGUGCUGAUACCUUUGGGUGAAACACUCACAUACAUCUCAAAGGAUCAACUGCUCAAUCACAAACUCGCCAUUAGAUUCACACCUGACCAAAAGACAAAUCUUCCGGAACAUCUCCAGUCCUUGUUAAAUACACUUGCCCCAUUACUUCACUUCAGAGCUAGACCUGUGCAAAUUGCAGUUUAUCAUAUGUUGUAUAAGUUGAUGCCUGAAUUGCCAAGGUUUGAUGAUGAUGAUGUUAAAUCAUAUGUUGAUGAAGAAGAAGAACCUGCCUUAUCACCACCUGUAGCUUUGAUGGCUGUUCUUGGCAUCUUGGAAGAUUUACUAGAAAAUAUUCUGGAGUGUUACCCUGUUGGAGAGUUUGCAGUUAUUCAGCCAUUGAGUGAGGAGUUCUGCUAUGUUUUGGGCUACCUCCUCACAUGGAAAUUAAUACUUACUUUUUUCAAAGCAGCUACAUCUCAGGGCCACUAAACCUAAAGGAUCCCUUGCAGGCUGCAUAUUGAUUUAGAAAACCACAUAAUCCAGGUUCUAUUGUAUUUUUAUUUAUUUUCUUAAAUAUUUCCCAGUUACAUUUUAAUCUUAAUUUGUCACAUUCAGGAGUGUUGGGGGAUGCAAGACAGCUUGACACCUCUGCCCCACAGCUCUGGCACCACUCACUCUUUAUGAGUUGUGGGCUCCCUAGGUUGAAGCUCCUUUCAGUGACCACCCUGCUCUCUUUUCUCCAUGUCAGCCCCCUUCUUUCGGUGUGCUGCUUCCACUCAUCCCCUAGCUUCCCAAUAUGCCAUCCUGAAUUCCCAUUCUAUGUUUACAAACUGCCCUUCAACAUUAGACCUGUAUCUUACUCCAGGAAAUUACUUUGUAUAUAUUUCAUAUUCACUUAAAUGUGUACGUGUUUGCUUCUAAAAGAAUGCCUUCUUGAGGGCAGGGAUAGUUGUUUUGUCUUUGUACCCUUGGCACCUUGCAUAUAGAACUUGAUAAACACUUAGUGAAUUGAACAGAAUAAUCUAAUAGAGGAGAUACAAAGAACUGCAAUGAGAAAAUAGAACAUUGAGUGCAUAAGAUAGGUAACAAAGUGCUGUGCAAGGUUUGGAGAAGGAAGAUUUCCCCAGUUGGCAAUGGGGAAAUCGUGUGAGACUUAUUGGAGAUGGUACUUGAAUUGGUUCUUGAAAGAUGGGUAAGAUUUUGGUAGGUAGAAGUAGAGUUAGAGCUAAGAAAAAAAGGGUAUUUUAAAUAUAGGGAAAUGGCAUGAGCAAAAGCAUGAGAAGAAAUUGAGAACUGUAUCCAAGGGAUGAUGAAUACAUCAGUUUGGUUGGAGCAGAGUAUACGAUAGGGUGGCACUAGAUUAUGAAGGGCAUUGGAUGUCAGACUAACUUGAAUAUUUUUCAUUUUGCAUUUAUUGAAGCGUUUCAGGAAGAGUAGUGAUAGAUUUGUGCAUGUGAGGAAUAUAAAUCUGGCAGUCACAUGAAGUCACAUGAUUGGAUUGUGGGGCAAGACUGGACAUGGAUUAGGAGGCUAUUUGAACAGCCUAGACAGGUAGUAAUGAGGGAUUUGAAAGAAGAUGAGGAUGUAUUUUGGUGUAAAGAACAUUCUAAACAAGAACAUGACAAAUGAAAACUUGGAGGCUAUACAAGUUUUGAAUAUUGGACAAGCAGGUUUACUGUCUGCCUCAGAGAAUCUAAGUUGAGGUGAUACAAGUAUUAUAGCAUUUAUAUAAUGCUUUUAGCAUUUACAAAGAGGCACUUUACAUAUCUUAUUUGAUCCACACAACAGCUCUGAUAGAUAUGUGUAUUUAUUAGUCCCAUUUUACAGAUAAAGAGACUUAGGCUGAGAGAGGUUAAGUCAUUUGCCCAGCACCUCACACUAACAAAGGAAGGAUUUGAACUUAGAUAUUCCUAACUCAAAGUUUAGCAUUCUGUUCACUGCCCUGCCUGAGUAAGCUAGGAGGCAAUGUAUAAUUAAAGUGCAGAGUUAAAUUAUAUUUGGCGUAAAUGGCAUUUGAAAGCUGUGGUGGCAUUUUUAAAUAGAGGAGUGAUGUUAUCAAAAUACUUUUGAAAAAGAGUCAGGAAUGUCAUUUCACUUCAGAGUAUAUCUUAGUUUGGGACUUGAGUGUUGUUCAAGCUUCUGAUCUCAUUUUCUGAGUUAUUUUCUAAGCCCAUCGCUCUCAUUUUGUAGAUGAGAAGACUAAAGUCAGUGGAGGUUAAGUGACUUGCCUCGGGUCACACACAGGUGGUCAGUGUUGGAGGUGGGAUUUUGAACCCAAAUACUUUGAGUCACUUUUCCCCCCACUGUUAUCAUACCUUGCUUUAUCUGUUUUUGUGUUUCUCACUGUAGUUUAAUCUGGAAUUACUAACAAAUAAUUUUUGU